CGAAUAUUUUAAAGCUUUAAAAAAUGCCUCCCAAGAAGCUAAAUCAACCCGUAAAGUCCGAAGAAGUAGUAGUUAAAGAACCACCUGGAUGCAAUAUCUUCUGUCACAUGGCUACGCAUUCGCAUCUGCCUCCAGUCCAGAAGCCAAUAGUAUGGAUCCUCGGCGGCCCAGGGGUCGGCAAGGGUACUCAAUGCCACAAGAUUGUAGCCAAGUAUGGCUUCACGCAUCUCUCCACUGGAGACCUGCUUCGUGAUGAAGUGAAGACCGGCUCUGACCUCGGAAAGAAUAUUGCUGGGAUCAUUAAGCGUGGUGAACUGGUACCCAACGAUGUGGUCCUAGGCCUGGUCAAGCAAGCAAUCGAGAAGAACAAAGCUACCUCCAAAGGCUUCCUCAUCGAUGGAUAUCCCCGAGAGAAGAGUCAGGGCGAGGCAUUUGAGAAGACCAUAGCACCUGCAAGCACAAUAUUAUACUUCGAAGCGGCACCAGAAACGAUGAGACAGCGGAUCCUGCACCGCGCAGCCAACGCCAAGGAACGGCGGUUCGACGACACCGAGGAGGCUAUCCAGAUCAGGCUGAAGACGUUCUACGAGAACAAUGACCGCGUGCUGGCUCAAUACCCUCAUAAGUUCAAGGCGAUAAACGCCGAGAGAACUGUGGACGAAGUCUUCAAAGACGUAGGAGCGGUUCUAGAUCCGAUAGUCUCUAGUCUGCAGUACGCUUAAUAUUAUGAAAAUUAAGGUAUACCGGUAAAUUACAUAGUUACUUAGACCUUGACGUAGUUACUUUCAUGAACAUCCCUGUUA